UCAUUUCACUCCAAUACAAAUCCAUCCCGAAAAACGGAGAGGCGACGGAAUAAAAGGAAUAGCCAUGGACUAGCACGAGGAUUAUUCUGGAGGGAAUAAUUCGCUUGUUUCCGUUCGCUCCGGUUUUUUCAACUUUAUCGUGGCUGUAGCUUUUGCAGGUGUGCUUGACCAGAAUUUGUGAUCUCGUUACCCGGCAGCUGGUACAGGACUGGGUCAGCCUCCUGAUUGGUUAGACCAGGCUGCGAAAGAGGAGGGGGGCUCCAAGCCAAGGAUAUUCUCUCCAUUGUUUUAUUACUUAAUAUUUUUUUUUUGCUGGUGGAACGGAAAACUUGUGCAAAGAAAACCCCUACCCAGAGCAUGGGGCAGAAGGUUCCUGGUGGAAUCAAGACUGUGGACAUGCGGGACCCAGCGUUUCGGCCGCUGAAGCUGGAGCUGCAGGCCCUGGCCUACACCAAGCCGGCCCGGCUGGACAUGCUGCUGGACAUGCCCCCCGUUCCCCAGGACGUCCAGGUCCAGCACUCCUGGAACAACGACGACCGCUCCCUCAACAUCUUCGUCAAGGAGGACAACAAGCUGAUAUUUCACCGGCAUCCGGUGGCCCAGAGCACGGACGGGAUUCGGGGGAAAGUUGGGUACACCCGGGGACUUCACGUGUGGGAGAUCAGCUGGGUGAUGCGCCAGCGGGGCACCCAUGCGGUGGUGGGCGUGGCUACAGCCGACGCGCCCCUGCAUUCUGUAGGCUACACGGCGCUAGUAGGCAACAAUAGUGAGUCCUGGGGCUGGGACCUGGGUAGGAACAAACUGUAUCACGAUGGCAAAAACCAGCCCAGUAAGACCUACCCUGCGUUUCUGGAGCCUGACGAAACCUUUAUCGUACCAGAUUCCUUUCUAGUGGUUUUGGACAUGGACGAGGGCACGCUAAGCUUCAUUGUGGAUGGACAGUAUCUGGGGGUGGCCUUCAGAGGACUGAAGGGCAAAAAACUGUAUCCUGUAGUGAGCGCUGUGUGGGGACACUGCGAGAUCAGAAUCCGGUACAUUAACGGACUCGAUCCGGAGCCCCUUCCACUGAUGGACCUGUGUCGGCGCUCAGUCCGAGUGGCGCUGGGGAGGGAGCGGCUUGGAGAAAUCCACAGACUGCCCCUGCCCGCCUCCCUCAAGAACUACCUGCUCUACCAAUGACAGCGGGAGCACCGGUGCCGCUGCGGGAAUGGGCCCCGUCGCCAUCUCUGCAAGGCCUUCCUCCUCUCGCCUUCCCCCAUCCUCCUCAAGACCUGUCGCGGGGUCACAUGGACGUGUCACAUCUGACUUCUCCACCUCCACCUCCCUACCCUUUUAUUAUUUAUGCUGUA